GAAAAUAGUUUUGCCCUCGUUUAAUUAAUACGCUUACCAGCUCUACAAAAGAAUGGACUUUGUUAACAAUUCGUCUUCCUUCUCUUUACCAGAGAUUCUUGAAGACGGACAUGAGCAAUACAACAUGUUCAUGCCCAGCAUCUACGGUGUCAUCUGUUUCUUGGGGAUCUUAGGGAACUGUAUUGUCAUCUACACCAUUGUUAAGAAGACCAAGUUCUGCUCUCAGCAAACAGUGCCAGACAUAUUCAUCUUCAGUUUGUCCAUCGCAGACCUCUUGUUUCUUCUUGGCAUGCCUUUUCUCAUUCACCAACUCGUAGGAAAUGGCUCCUGGUGCUUUGGUGCCACAAUGUGCACGGUCAUUACAGCACUGGACUCUAACAGCCAGACAGUGAGCACAUACAUCCUGACUGUGAUGACUCUGGACCGAUACCUUGCAACGGUGCACCCCAUCCGCUUCAAACAUGUCCGGACUCCCUUCAUGGCCGGUGCUGCAGUUGCACUUGUGUGGGUGUUUUCUUUGGUUUCCAUCACUCCGGUGUGGAUGUACACAGGACUCAUGCGUCUCAAGGAUGGCUCAGUUGGCUGUGCUCUGCUGCUGCCCGACCCAGAAACAGACAUGUACUGGUUUACCCUUUACCAGUUCUUCUUGGCCUUCGCUCUGCCUUUGGUGGUUAUCUGUGGUGUGUAUUUCAAGAUUCUCCAAAGCAUGUCAGUUACAGUCGCCCCAUUGCCUCAGCGCAGCCUGAGGGUGCGUACACGAAAGGUGACUCGUAUGGCCGUGGCCAUAUGUCUGGCAUUCUUCAUCUGCUGGGCUCCAUACUACAUCUUGCAGCUGGCCCACCUGGGAGUGCACCGGCCUACCUUUGCUUUCCUGUACGCCUACAACAUCGCCAUCAGCUUGGGCUAUGCCAACAGCUGUAUUAACCCUUUCAUCUACAUUGUGUUAAGUGAAACAUUUAAGAGGCACUUCAUUUUAGCCAUCCGGCCGUCCCGCAGGGGGUUCAGAAUUGCCCCCGCUCUGGCUGAUGGCAGCAUGUCCCUGAGGAUGGCACCAGACAGUUUGCAUCCGUCUCAGUCGCAGUCCUCCAGGGAACUUCUCCAAAACAUGUUGCCUGUCACUGUGGCUGUGCAUUGAGUUGGAUAAAUACUGUCCAGAAGUGUCAACAAAUGACCAUAUGCUAGGCUCUGUCUCAACAAACACCCUGCGGUCACACUAUAGCAACUCCUACCUAUUUCAUGUCACAGAAUUUCUUGGAAAAAACAUUUGAAACUAUGAAAAAGUUAGAAUAUUUGCAAGAUAAACAUUGCAUGUAAUAUUACAGCCAGUGAUAAGCAAAAGCUACUUUCAAUAAAUGGAGUAAAACACCUAAACUUUUGUAUCUAUCUGCAAUGAAUACAACGACUUUGA